GGUAAGUCAGGUGCGUCAGGUUCCAGACGGAAGUCUGUCAGGAAUGAUCGAGCAACCUUCACCUGCAGCCAGCAGCGCUCUUUCUCCCGUAUUUGCGUGGUUGUGUCGGCAGUGAUGAAGAUCGCUUUCUUCCUGAUCGCGGUGAGUGUGGCGGCGAUGGGUGGCUCGAUUUACAUGGCCGUGAACCAGGAGGUGAAACUGGCCCGGCUCAAAGAGCAGGUGACGCUGACCUUCACGGACAUCAAGGCCAAAGACGAGGCCAUCAAAUCUGUUAAAACCGAAGCCCUUCAGCUGAAGGACAAGCUGACAGCCGUCAACAGCAAAUUAGAUGAACUGCGCAAGAAGAAGGACGAGCUGGACAGAUCGAGGCAGGCGGCAGAGGGAACUCUGCAGACAUGCAACACGGCCAAAGCAGAAGCUGAGAAGACCAACAAUGAGAUGACGGAGAGUUUUACUAAAAUGAAAGCCGAACAUGAGGAAGCUAAAAAGAAGGCUCAGGAGGAGAUACAGAACCUAAAACAACAAAUUCUGACUAGAGACAAGGCUGUUUGUGCAUUUGUGGACAAAAACAAUGAGGAAGCACGGAAGCUGUGUGGACCUGUAGAAGCUCCAAAAUGACAUCUUCUCCAAUACCUUGCAUUCAGUUUUCAGGGGGAAUGGGGUUUGUCGUUUAUACAGAUAUGUAUACUACUAGUAAAUGUGUGUGUGUGUGUGUGUGUAUAUAUAUAUAUAUAUAUAUAUAUAUAUAUAUAUAUAUAUAUAUAUAUAUAUAUAUAUAUAUAUAUAUAUAUAUAUAUAUAUGCGUGCGUGUUGACCAACUAUAUAUCUGAAUAGUACAGACUAGAUUAAGUAGGCUGGGUUGGGUUGGGGGGGGUCUGUAGCUGAGUACUGUUACUAAACCAAGUCCUUUAUUUGUUGUGCAGCUGUGUUGAGAACAACAAUGGGUAAAAUCAGAAAAUUAUUUUAGUAAUCAAUUAAAAUAAAUUCAGUGGAUUGGUAA